UUUGGAAGUUACCUGUGGCGCUGAUGUUUGGGACGAGGUAUGUAUAGUUUUUUGUGUGCUCUAGGGCAACGGUGUCUAGAUGGAAUUUGUAUUUGUGGUCCUGGCAACUGGUACUUUUUUGGAACACCAUUAUUUUUGUCUUACUGAGAUUUACUGUCAGGGCCCAGGUGUAACAGAAUCUGUGCAGAAGAUCUAGGUGCUGCUGUAGGCCCUCCUUGGUUGGGGACAGAAGUGCCAGAUCAUCAGCAAACAGUAGACAUUUGACUUCAGAUUCUAGUAGGGUGAGGCCGGGUGCUGCAGACUGUUCUAGUGCCCUUGCCAAUUCGUUGAUAUAUAUGUUGAAGAGGGUGGGGCUUAGGCUGCCCUGUGUAAAGAAAUGUGUGUGUUUUUUGGCAAUUUUAACCGCACAUUUGUUGUUUGUGUACAUGGAUUUUAUAAUGUUGUAUUUGUUUUUCCCACAACACCUCUUUCCAUAUAGAAGACCCUCAUGCCAAAUUGAGUCGAAAGCUUUUGAAAUCAACAAAGCAUGAGAAGACUUUGCCUUUGUUUUGGUUUGUUUGUUUGUCAAUUAGGGUGUGCAGGGUGACUACGUGGUCUGUUGUAUGGUCAUUUGGUAAAAAGCCAAUACAUUUUUUUCUCUGUACAUUGUUUUCACUGAGGAAAUGUACGAGUCUUCUGUUAAUGAUAAUGCAGAUGAUUUUCCCAAGGUUGCUGUUGACCCCCGGUAGUUAUUGGGGUCAAAUUUGUCUCCACUUUUGUGGAUUGGGGAGAUCAGUCUUUGGUUCCGAAUAUUGGAGAAGAUGCCAGAGCUGAGGAUGAUGUUAAAGAGUUUAAGUAUAGCCAAUUGGAAUUUGUAGUCUGUAUAUUUUAUCAUUUAAUUUAAGAUACCAUCAACCCCACAUGCCUUUUUGGGUUGGAGGGUUUGUAUUUUGUCCUGUAGUUCACUCAAUGUAAUUGGAGAAUUCAGUGGGUUAUGGUAGUCUUUGAUAGUUGAUUCUAAUAUUUGUAUUUGAUCUUGUAUAUGUUUUUAUUGUUUGUUCUUUGUUAUAGAGCCAAAAAUAUUGGAGAAGUGGUUUAUCCAUACAGCUCCGUUUUGGAUAGAUAGCUCUUCAUGUUGUUGUUUGUUUAGAGUUUUCAAAUUGUUCGACGGCCUGUAUAACAUGGAGGGGGUCACCACGAUGUCAUGAUUGAUGGCAGACCGAUGGGGAGAAGAUACUGCAUAUUUUGUGAUAUUUUUCUGUUAGAAUUUCAGAUCAACUUUUUUUUGCAAGCUUUUUGGAUCCAGUUUUACAUAUUUCACUGGCGCGUUUAUCAUUCAUCAUUCAUACAACAGCUGCCACCUUCAGUAUAUCAUUGAAGUAACUGCUUAAACAGAUUGUACAAAUCAAACAAUCAAGAUUAACAUAAUAUUUCAAUAUUAAUUUACACAACGACAAAAUAUUGAAUAAACUCCAAGAGCAGAAGCACAAAAUGCAUUCUGAAUGACACACAUUCUUCCUCAGGUGGAGCGGUGCAUGAUAAUAAUUAGGUGGGUGCUUAUAUUUGUCCAGUUUCACACAAGUGUGUUUUAUAUGCAUGCGUGAAUUGGAAAUGUGAUUUUUGCAUAUCCCAACUCCCCCUGAGAGUGAGGUCGCAGGGAGGGAUCAGCCAUUAUUGAUGGCGACCCUGGAGCAAUUAAGGUUAAAUGCCUUGCUCAAGGGCACAUUGGCAGAUGUUUCACCUAGUCUGCUUGGGGAUUUGAACCAGCAACAUUUUGGUUGCUGUCCCAACACUCUUAACUGCUAGACUGCCUGCAGCCGGCAUAGUCUAACAUCAAUAAGAAUUAGCUCAGCUCCAAUAUUUGAACCUGUGAAUUAGCCUCAGGUAGGUGAUGCGUUGGAUGACAGGAGUGACAAGUACACAGAAACAAGCAAACAAUGAUUUGUAUAAACUGCUCUCAGGAGAGACGCUAUCCAGUGUAUGGAUCCUUACUCUACUGUCCAACGCCACAGCAGUGGUAGAGAAGCCAUCAGAAUUUGCAUUGACAACAACCACAAGAAAGCCUCAAAAUGAAGAUUUUAUAUCUCUGUGUGUUAGCAGCAUGUGCGUGGACGUCCGAGUCACUCAUACGUAUACCCCUCACAAAGUGUAACUCCUUGAGACAAUCUAUGUCUGACUCAGAGAGGGAUUUCAGUCGUUUAUUCCAUGAUUCCUACUCCGACAACUUUGACGACGAUGACGCCAGUGGGUCCAGCAAAGUGGCUCUGAGGAACUAUGUUGAUGCUCAGUUCUAUGGAGAGAUUCGUUUAGGAACCCCACCUCAAAUGUUCAGGGUGACCUUUGACACUGGAUCCAACAAUCUCUGGGUGCCUUCUUCCAAGUGUUCCGUCACUGACAUCACAUGCUUGAUUCACUGGAAAUACAAUGAUACCCAGUCCAGCACAUAUGUCAAGGGUGGAAGAAAGUUUUCAAUGCAUUAUGGACUGGGAAGUGUAACUGGGUACCUCAGCCAGGAUACGUGCAUAAUUGGAAGUGUAUCCGUAAAAGAUCAGGUAUUUGGUGAGGCCGUCAAGAUAUAUGGAGCGAACUUCGUUGGUGCUAAGUUCGAUGGAGUUCUGGGAAUGUCUUACCCAACAAAUGAUGCCAUGAGCCCUGUCUUUGACAACAUAAUGAAAGAGAAGCUGUUGGCGGAGAAUGUUUUCUCCUUCUACCUCAACCACAAGAUCUCCUCCAACCAGCCAGGGGGACAGCUAAUGCUGGGAGGGACUGACCCUGCAUACUACACCGGGGACUUCCACUAUGUCAACAUCACCACAAAGGACCUCUGGAACAUCCACAUGGACGGUUUGAGCGUUGGAGAGGAUGUCAAGCUGUGUAAAGGUGGCUGUGAGGCCGUGGUGGACACUGGCACCUCCCUGAUCCUAGGUCCCUAUGAUGAGAUCAGUGCUCUGCAGAAGGCUGUAGGAGCUGUGCCCUGGAACCGUGGAAAGUACACGGUUGACUGUGAGAAAGUGUCCUCCCUCCCCAGUGUCUCCUUCACUGUCAGUGGAAAGGUCUACCCUCUGACUGGAGAACAGUAUAUUCUCAGGUGGACUACGAAGGGCAAGAAAGUCUGCCUUUUAGGAUUUUUCCCCUCAAGCUUCCCUGGCUGGACCCUGGGAGAUAUCUUCAUUGGAGCUUACUACACAGUCUUUGACCGGGACAACGAUAGGGUGGGAUUUGCCAAAGCAAUAUAAGAGGAAGGGGAAGUGGAUACCUCGUCAGUGGCACAACUGAAUACAUUCAACCGAAAUGUGUCUUCUGCAUCCGUCCUUUGCAUUUAAUCCAAACCUUCUAGAUAGCCCUGCCCAGUGAAGUAAUGUUGAAAAGAGUGUAAUGCUAAAACACCUGUAUAAAAUACAGUAUAUACAUAUGGGAUGAGUAAUGCUAAAACAUCUGAUGCUAUAAAAUACAGUAUAUACAUAUGGGAUGAGUAAUGCUUAAACAUCUGAUGCUAUAAAAUACAGUAUAUACAUAUGGGAUGAGUAAUGCAAGAUAUGUAAACAUCAUUAAUGUGGCAUCAUUAAUGUGACUAGUGAUCCAUGAUUUCAAGUCUGUAUGUUGGCAGCAGCCUCUCUGUGUUAGUGAUGGCUGUUUAACAGUCUGAUGCCCUUGAGAUAGAAGCUAUUUUUCAGUCUCUCGUGCUUUCAUAGAUUUAAAAUGAUUAUUUUAGAAUAACAAACUUUGUAAAAUGAUAUUUGUCCUUGAAAAGGAGGAUAAGCAGACAAUUAACUUCUCUCAUACUGAUAGCAUUUGUAUCAUAAAUCAUUUUCACAGCAUUCAAAGUUUUGUUUGUUUUAUGAGUAAGUGGGUGCAUUUUCCUGUGUUCAUUUCCCUGGUUAAUCUCCCUAUUUAAACAUGACCUCUAUUUGAUCUUUUUGUGUGUAAAGAGAUGAAUUAAUCAAAUAAAGACUUAACUCCCAGUUAUUUGGCA